AUGGACCAGGUCGCCAACCCCAGUGUGCCCCAGGCAAGCCCGCAAAAAUCCAUAAUAAAACGCCAUGGAAAUGCAAAACGUGUAGCAAAGGAAAAGAGACCAAGAACGUACUCGUUGACGAGCCGCAAGAACCGGACAAUCUUCACGGACGAACAACAGAAGGGACUUUACGCUGCCUACGAUAUUGACAAGUACCCUACAACUCUUCAGAAGGAGCUUCUGGCCCAACAGCUCGGACUCCCUCCAGUUGUCGUUGUCAAUUGGUUCCAGCAUAAACGGCAGCGUGAACCUGUCAAGGAGAAAGGCGGCUACGUGAAGAAUCAUCCACGGCCAGCAAUGGCCCAUCCUAGCUAUCUCAUCAAUCUUGUCGCCAAGAAACUCCGUGGCUCUCCCUCAAGCUCUGAACCUGAGCAAUCCCCCUCUCCCCCGGAUACCACACCCACGGCAGAAGUAAACGAAGAGGAUAGAGGAGAAUCGAACCAAACAUCCGAAAAGGAUGAAGGCCCCCUUCCAGAAUGGAUGGGCGCCCUCUUGACAGAAGAUUAUGAAGGUCGCGUGCCCACUCCGUCAUGGUUCACGCGUGCAGAGCCGAUCGACAUCAAGAAGCCUUUACCGACAACGACUUCAUCAACCGCCGACCCCCUACCCAAUCUAGACACCUUCCCGUACGUAGAAUCCGACCUGCAAAGCGCGUGCCCGAUGGAGGACGUCGUUUUCGAGCUAAAGCCUGCCCCUUAUGCCCCUGAUUUGGAUCUGCUUUUUACUGAAGACGAGAGCUGA